UUUUUCCUCAAUGGGUGGUAGCAGCUGUUUGCUCCAUAAUUUCCAGUUGAGAAAGUAUGGGAAUGUAGCAAGAUCACUUCAAAAAAAUAUAUCUUAUCGGACACUUUCGAAAAGACACACAUUAACCUUGCCAAUCAGUCUUAUUUUGACCAAAUAAUUCCAGACAUUUCAAGUUUGAACAAGUUCAGACAAAAGAGUGGGUAACUAAGCUAGCACCUAAGCUAGUAAACGGACUUAGCGACGCAUCUGGACCAGUCUGGUAGUACGGUCCGGAACAAUGCAGGCCAUAAAGUGUGUCGUGGUUGGGGACGGAGCUGUGGGUAAGACAUGUCUGCUGAUCAGCUACACGACCAACGCCUUCCCUGGAGAGUACAUCCCCACAGUGUUUGACAACUACUCUGCCAAUGUGAUGGUGGAUGGAAAACCAGUCAACCUGGGCCUGUGGGAUACAGCAGGACAGGAAGACUACGACAGACUCCGCCCCCUCUCCUACCCACAGACGGAUGUGUUCCUUAUCUGUUUCUCCCUCGUGAGUCCUGCCUCGUUUGAAAACGUCCGUGCCAAGUGGUACCCAGAGGUCAGGCACCACUGCCCCAACACGCCCAUCAUCCUAGUGGGCACCAAGUUGGAUCUGAGGGACGAUAAGGACACCAUCGAGAAGCUCAGGGAGAAGAAGCUCACCCCUAUCACCUACCCCCAGGGCCUGGCCAUGGCCAAAGAGAUCGGUACGUGCGGUGAAGUACCUGGAGUGCUCGGCCCUGACCCAGCGCGGCCUGAAGACUGUGUUUGACGAGGCCAUCCGGGCGGUCCUCUGCCCCCCGCCCGUCAAGAAGAGGAGAAGGAAGUGCUCCCUGCUCUAGAACCCCGCAGACAGGAAGUGUCAGGAAGUGUGCACUCGCCAUGCGGGGCGGGGAGACGCAGACACAAAAGCAUUUUACUUCCGAAUCUUUCCUUCCUUUAUAUAUUAGUCGCUACUAGUACAGCACUGGGACAAACUGUUCCUUUGUUAAAAGAAACUGAACAUACAGAUAGGUUUAGGAAUGGGUUUUGAUGACAAUCUGAACCCAGUCCUUUUCUUUACAUAGACACACAUCACUGAAGUGUAAGAGAUUCGAGAGGCCUUCUACAAAUGGAUUUAAACUUCUGUGAAAAGGAUGCUGAAAUGUUUUCUAUUUGUUGCUCUUACACUCAUAGUCCAUAUUGUUUGUUUACAGUCUUUACAGGUUGUUUUGGGUGGAGCGUGAAUUUGCCAAACUGCGUACUGCAGAUAUUAGAGCUGUACAGCAGACAGACACUAAACUUGUUGAUCAUUUUUUAGGUUUACCUCCUAACAGUACAGCUAAUAAUUUGGCAUGAUGCACUGCAGUUAAUGGUUACAUGGAUAAGAUGGCAUUCUAUUUGUGGGGUGGCAUUCUUUAUAACAUGGAAAUCCACAACUAGCCAAGUUAAUAGCAUCACCAGUUUUAUUUUCACCUCCAACUACUAAUUAAUGUACCAUAAAUCUAAUUUGACUAGGACUGAGUUUGGGAAACACUGGUCUAGCUAACAGUGCUUUUUGUCGAUUGGAAAAGGCGUGAUCCUAAAGUAUUUAAUGGGAGAGCUGGUGUGCCUCGUUGCACGGUUGGACCUGUCAGUCAAAAAUGUUGUAUCCCCCGAUCCCGCUCCUGCUGUGUUCUCCCUGUACUGUCUGAACCAAAUCGUUGCCUGACAAAAACAAAGCUUGCGACUUUAUAUGAGAAGAUUGGAUGUGAGGACUGUUUUGGGUGUCGAUGUGAGAUAAAAGCACCUCUUAUAUUAGUCUUUGGCCAUUUAUCAGAAACCAUUCAUGCAGUGAUUUCUUCUGUGUAUUCUUUGUGAAUAGCCCAUUUGAUUCACAGUAGCCACAACUACUUGGAAGGCAAAGGAGAGAGCAUUUAAAUGACUGAGGAAUGUUCUAACGGUAACUAAGCUACAGUCAGUAAUGACGUAGUGUGUAUAUAUAUAUUCAUCUUUGGUUAUAAUCAUUUGCAUUCAAUUGGCUAUUUUGUAUUAAAAACAUUCCACUGAAGUUAAUCACUCACUGUAUUUUUAAACAAACUAUGAACGCUAUAUUGUUUACCAACUACAAAUAAACCUUUAAUUUUACUACAAGUCUAGCCUUUUGUAAUUAAUGCAGAUGGCAUGAAAUGUGCUGCAAACACUGAUACAUAUACAUUUUUAGCAUUUACAUAUUUGAACUACAAGAUAUGUAACUGUUGUUCAGGCAUCAAGCUGCGCUCCAAAUGAGCCAAUGUGGCCCUUUGGUUUUAUGGAUAAAGCAAUUUGUAACUUUUUUGAGAACCAUUAAAUUUGAAUUAAACAUA